AUGAAAUUGAUUGGAGGUCCUGCAGAAGUCUACCUGUAUGGGAUAAUGGUGGUGAUAUACACCAUAUCUUGCUUAUUUACAAUGAUAUUCACCUGUCUGAUCUACAUUCCACUCUUCUACAGGUUAAACAUAAUCAGUACAUAUGAGUACAUUAAUAGAAGAUUUGGUUCUGCUGUGAAGUAUCAAGUUGUUAUUAGCUUCUUGGUAUACAUGUGCAUUUAUCUCGGUAUUGUCACAUACACACCCGCGUUAGCUCUUAGUGAAGUUACUGGGGUUAACUUGUGGAUUUCAAUGAUUUCAACAGGAUUCGUGUCUACGCUGUAUACAACUCUCGGUGGAAUAAAAGCAGUUGUGUGGACUGAUGUUUUCCAAAUCUGUAUCAUGGUGGCCGGCCUUCUUGCUGUGUUGAUUCAAGGAUUAAUUUAUGUUGGAGGGAUGGAGAAGGUUUGGAGAAUCGCAGAGAGAGGUGGACGCCUCAAUUUUUUUGACUUUGAUCCUGACCCAAGGAGAAGACACACAUUUUGGACGACAAUCUUCGGAGGCACAUUUGUAUGGAUGGGAAUAUACAGCUGCAACCAAGCUCAGGUUCAAAGAUAUCUCGCCUGCAGAAGUGAAAAAGAGGCAAAAAAGGCGAUAUUCUUGAACUGGGUCGGGAUGCUUGUGAUAUCAGUUACUGCGUGUAUGUGUGGCCUGGUUAUGUAUGCUGUUUAUGAAAACUGUGAUCCAAUGGAGUCAAACAGAAUCACCAACACCAACCAGAUGACACCGUUACUAGUUUUGGAGAUCUUGUCUCAUGUACCUGGAGCUUCGGGGCUUUUUAUUGCAAGUGCAUUUAGUGGCACACUGAGCACAAUCUCUUCAGGCAUCAACUCUAUUGCUGCAGUCUUUGUGGAAGAUAUUAUAAAGCCAAACUGCAAAUCUUGGGCACACUUUCCCGAACACAAGAGACUGCGGAUCUCAAAGCUUCUAGCUAUGAUAUCUGGAAUUGCAGCAAUGGGAAUGGCAGCAUUAACAUCCCUCUUUCAAGAAAAUGUAAUGCAGCUAGCUCGAAGUCUUGAUGGCUUGAUUCUUGGACCUAUACUGGGCGUAUUCACACUGGCAGCGUUGUUUCCAAAGAGUAAUGGGAAGGGUGCAUUUGUGGGAAUGCUGAUCUCUUGUGGCUGUUCAUUAUUUUUGGGAAUCUGUUCUCAAAUGUACCCCGCUGCUGCAAGGUUCACAAGGAAACUCAAAACAUCAAUAGCAGGCUGUUACAUCUCUAAUACCACCACCUCCAGCCCCAUGAAUGGAUCAUCCUUCUUCACCACCAUGGUGAGACCGGACAAAACAGAGAGCAUGAUAGAAAACGUCUGCUCACUAUCCUAUGGAUAUUAUACCCCUGUUGGCUGUCUGCUUACGAUUAUAAUCGGUUUGCUGGUUAGUAUGGUUACUGGAGGCAGCAAAAACGUGGAUAAAGAACUCAUUGCUCCUGUAUUUCACACCAUUCACGAGUUUCUGUUUAGAAAGAAGCCGGCUGAACCAUUGCCUGAGACGGCCAUAGAACUGUUGGAAACCACUCCUGAAACAAUCUUCACUACAGGUCACCAUUCUUCUAAUACUCAGAAUGUAAAGUCUGUUCAGCCGCUGGUGCCCAAAUAAAUAGUGAUGAAAGUCUUGAACAUUGGCGACUCAAGAAGUUAUAAACACACAACAAAGGUCAAAAUAUGAAAUGUAAUGUUUGCGGUGAUGCUGGCUAUCUAUUAAUUGAAUUGGAAAGGAAGUAAAUAAUUAUUAACAUUUUUGAAAAUAAGUUAGCAUGGGAUUAAAUAUGUUGUAAAGUUGGCUUUGUGAUGAGAAUGUAACUAUGGGGUUAUGAGGCCAGCUACGACUUUUUCUCGUAUAAUGUCUAUGUUCCAUGUCCCACUGUGAUUUGCCAGUACUGAUUGCAUUGUCCC